AUGAAGAAGCAGGCCCCAGAAGUGGCUGGGUACACUACCCUUCCGCUCCAAUUACCUCAAACCCCUGCAUUCUCGGUUCAGGCCACACACUAUCUCUACAUACGUCCACACGAGCCGCGCAUUCCAGACCCAGAUUCCGCCCGCUCACUCUUCCUUGUCAACGCGCCCAUCGACACAACUGAAACCCACCUCCGACAUCUCUUUGGGACCCAGCUUUCGGCUGGCCGCGUUUCCAGUGUCCAAUUCGAAGACGUGCCCACCAAAAAGCAAGGUGUAGCCGCAGCUACGGAAUCCAACCUCGCGCACCGCCCCAAAAAGCGCAAGCGGGCCACCGCAGACGACCUGCAAAGCAAGCUCGACGACAUCUCACUCCCGCAAACAUGGGAUAGACAGCUCCAUAAGAGCGGCGCGCAUGUUAUCGUUGUCUUUGCCGAUCGGUCCAGCAUGGAGGCCAGCAUGAAAGCAGCUGCAAAGGCGGCUAAGAAGGGCACCAAGAUUGUCUGGGGAGAGGGCAUCCCGGAGUCUAAGAUUCCGCCGCUAGGUACCCAGAGAUAUCUUUCUCACGAGCACAUGCGCUAUCCUGACAGGGCAUCCUUGCUACACACAGUCAAUGAGUUCAUGACUGUCUACGCUGAGGUCUCGGAAGCCAGGAAGCGAGAAGAGGCGAAGAAGUUUGCUGAACCGGAUGACGAUGGUUUCAUUACGGUUACCCAUGGUCCCAAGUUGAACUCGACCGCCCGUGAGGACGAGGUGAAGGAGCUGGUUGAGCGACAGAAAAAGAAGGCUGCCGGCCUGGAGGACUUCUAUCGGUUCCAGUCUAGAGAGAAACGGAAGGAGCGACAGAAUGAGUUACUCAGGAAGUUUGGCGAGGACAAGAAGAAAUUGGAGGAGAUCAAGAUGCGGAGAGGCAAAAUCAGGCCCGAGUGA